AGUGGUUCGGAGCAGUUGGGGGUGCUGUGCUGUGUUGGAACGGUUGGCGUUGGCCCCCCCUUGCCUUGCCCUUGGCUUGGCCCCUCUAUAUGAUCCCCACGCCUCCCGUGCCUGCUGCCACUCUAACCACCGCACCUCCGUCGGCCGGCAAGGCAUCCAUCCACUCCCCGUACGUCCGGUGCCUGACCUCAUUCCCUCUCCCUCCACUCCGAGAUGCCCAAGCCGUGGAGGCCGGUGCUGGCGUCGGCAACCAAGUGCUGCGCGGCGGAGGACGCGGCGGUGGCCCCCGACGGGCUGGCGCGGUGCAGGCCGCAGCAGUCGGAGCUCUCGCGCCGGCUCGCGUCCUUCAGGCGGCUCUCGUCGCUGGCCAACAGCCCGGCGUCGGGUGGCACCACCGUGGUGGUGGACAAGGACGGCAGCGUCAAGCAGCAGCAGGGAGAGGAGAUGGUGGAGGGCCCGCUGCAGCUGCACUCGUUCGGCCUCGGCGAGCUCCGCGGCGUCACGCACGACUUCUCCAGCAGCUUCCUCCUCGGCGAGGGCGGCUUCGGCGCCGUCUACAAGGGCUUCGUCGACGCCGGCAUGCGCCCUGGCCUCUCCUCCCAGCCCGUCGCCGUCAAGCAGCUCAACGCCGCCGGCUUCCAGGGCCACCGCGAGUGGCUCGCCGAGGUCAUCUUCCUCGGCCAGUUCCGCCACCCCCACCUCGUCCGCCUCCUCGGCUACUGCUGCGAGGACGAGGAGCGCCUCCUCGUCUACGAGUUCAUGCCGCGCGGCAGCCUCGAGAACCACCUCUUCAGGAGGAUCUCGGCGACGCUGCCAUGGGGCACCCGUCUGAAGGUGGCGAUCGGCGCCGCCAAGGGCCUAGCGUUCCUGCACGCCGCCGCCACGCCGGUGAUCUACCGCGACUUCAAGGCGUCCAACAUCCUCCUCGACUCCGACUUCACGGCGAAGCUCUCCGACUUCGGGCUGGCCAAGAUGGGUCCCGAGGGCGAGGACACGCACGUGACGACGCGGGUGAUGGGCACGCACGGGUACGCGGCGCCCGAGUACGUGCAGACGGGCCACCUCAACGUGAGGAGCGACGUGUACAGCUUCGGCGUCGUGCUCCUGGAGCUCCUCACGGGCCGCCGCGCCAUGGAGCACGUCCGGGGCCGCGCCGCGCACGCCGACCAGCAGGUGAAGCUCGUCGACUGGACGCGCCCGUACCUCAGCGGCGGCAGCCGCCGGCUGCGCUGCAUCAUGGACCAGAGGCUCGCCGGGCACUACUCCGUCAAGGGCGCGCGCGCCGUCGCGCAGCUCGCCGUGCAGUGCACGGCGACGCAGCCGAGGGACAGGCCCAGGAUGGUGGCCGUCGUCGAGGCGCUGGAGAAGCUGCAGGGGCUCAAGGACAUGGCCGUCACCGUCGGGCUCUGGCCCGCCGCCGCGCCUGUCGCUGGCAGGAACGCCAUCUCGGCGAAGAUCCGCGCCGAGGUCAAGGGCGCCGGCGGCGCUGGGUCGCGGCGGAGGAGCGCGUCCUCCAAGCUGCCGUAGUAAUUGAUGCAUCGGAUCGAUCCUCGAUUGGUUCGGCAGCGGCAGGACACCGGCCUGCGUGCCACGUCGUAUAACGUGUCUCGUCGUGUACCGGGGUGUAGGAAUCUUAUUUCGAUCUUUAUGGUAUAAUGUAAUGUGCCCGCGUGUCGUGAGUGUAUAUAGUACUGUAAAACGUAAGAUCUGCAGCUGCGGUAUAGUUUAGGCGCGUCGAGAUUGGUGAGGCAGAGAUGCAUGGUCAUGCAUGCAUGCCUCUGAAAUCUGUAUCCUCCAUGACUCACUGUACGAUCCACUACCUAUUGCUCCUGGAUUCAUCAUGGUUCAUGAAGCGAUCGUUUAAUUUUGCGAAUACAUGCCAAGAAGAUACAUACA